CAUUUUCCAUCAAUCUUGAGCUCUUCUUCCUCGGCCAAAAACAGAGACAGUUCCGAGAGAGGGGGCGACCUGAGAUUUCAGAGAACACAAGGCAACAAUGGCGAGAAGAUUCAGUACUGUUGUUUUUGCAGUGAUGGUGGUGGCAGCUCUGGUACAGAGCUCGAAGGCCGAGACACACGAGGUGGGUGAUGACCUGAAGUGGACAGUCCCUUCAAACGGUUCUGUCGCUUACCAGAACUGGGCCGCCGGCGAGACAUUCCUUCUCGGAGACGUUCUCGAAUUUGAAUUUACUACUGGGGCACAUGAUGUGGCGAAGGUUACCAAGGCUGCCUUCGAUGCCUGCAAUUCCACGAAUCCCAUCUCCCAUAAAACCACAGGUCCUGCAAACUUCACUCUUGAUACUUCCGGUGAGCAUUAUUUCAUCUGCACCGUGGGCACCCACUGUAGCUUGGGUCAGAAGCUGGCCGUCAACGUCUCUGCUGCCAGAGCUGAGACUGAGUUCACCGUCGGAGACUCUUUGGGUUGGACUGUUCCUUCGGGCGGUGCCGUUACUUACCAGAACUGGGCUGCGAACAAGACCUUCGUGGUGGGAGACAGUCUGAAAUUCAAUUUCACAACCGGAGCACAUGAUGUUGCCAAAGUUACAAAGGCGGCGUUCACUGCCUGCAAUGGCACAAACCCCAUCUCCCAUGAAACCGAAGGCCCUGCAGAUAUCGAUCUUGACACCGCGGGUGAACACUAUUUCAUCUGCACCGUCGGUAGCCACUGCUCCCUCGGCCAGAAGUUGGCCAUUAACGUCACUACCAACUCUUCCACAAGUCCAGGCACCCCUCCCUCCAGCUCCACCACUCCCACAUCACCGUCCCCCUCAGGUGGUCCAUCACAAUCCCCUUCAGGUUCUACCACCCCUCCUUCACCAGGCUCUGCUCCCUCUUUCGCCGUCGCCGGAUUAUCUGCUACCCUCUUGUCCGUUGCAGCUGCAUUGUUGUAUUAGAUGAUUCUACCAUAAAAGAAAAACAGGGCUUGCUAGCUAGCGUGAUUCAUUUUGAUGUGAUUUUUCAAAGAGAAUAAGACUGUUUUUUUUCCAUGUUUCAGCUACUGUUUGUGAUUCAUGUAUCAUUAUCUUCAAUAUAAAAUAUUAAAUUCAUACUCCAUA